UCGUCCAUGGUUUUCCACUUCCCUCCACCGAUUACCUUUUUCUUCGCCCUUUGCCGGAGUUGAUAUCCUUCCUACGAAGCUGAAAAUGGAGACGCUCCAGCGUGCGUUGGCUUAGCCUUUCGACAUCCAGAGUCGCCUUCGCCUAAGAGCAUUCCGCUACGAGUUCCAGCUCCUUUACUGUCCGGGAAAAGGGAAGCAACAAUCCAUUCAAGAGAGAACAAUGUCGAUAUCAACCAGUUCAUCAUCUGUUUUGGCUCCAAAAUUGCACUUUGAUAGUGAUGAAGAUGUUGCUUUACUCACUGCUGUCAAUGAUGAGCAUGGGGGUGUUAUUGUUGAAAUUAAGGACCCCAUGGAUUCUACAGAUUUCAGUACUUCAUUAAGAUCUUCUUUAAUAAAUUGGAAGAAACAGGGUAAAAAAGGUGUUUGGAUUAAACUUCCUAUAAAUCUUGCAAAUCUUAUUGAAGCUGUUGUUCAGGAGGGCUUUUUAUACCACCAUGCAGAACCAACUUAUUUAAUGCUGGUUCGUUGGCUUCCCAAUACUCAACACACAAUACCUGCAAAUGCCUCACAUAGAGUUGGAAUUGGGGCUUUUGUGAUGAAUGAUAACAGAGAGAUUUUGGUAGUCCAAGAAAAGAAUGGCAUACUUAAAGGAUCAGGAUUUUGGAAGUUUCCAACAGGAGUUGUUGAACAAGGCGAAGACAUACAUGCCGGAACAAUAAGGGAAGUAAAAGAAGAGACAGGAAUUGAUACUGAAUUUGUUGAAGUUCUGGCAUUCAGGCAGACCCACAAGGCAUUCUUCGAGAAAUCAGAUUUAUUCUUUCUAUGCUUGUUGCGCCCUCUCUCAUUCGACAUUCACAUACAAGAACUAGAGAUCGAAGCUGCCCAGUGGAUGCCGAUUGAGGAAUACGCAAAUCAACCUUUUGUCCAGAAACACGAACUGCUGAAGUAUAUUCUCGAAGUUAGCUUGGCAAAGAUCGACAAAGGCUACUCUGGAUUCUCACCUGUUCAAAUAAGAUCAACUUUCUUCGGGCAACAAAGAGAGGAAUGCCUCUUUUUGAACAGCAGGGACUUCAACCAUUAGAGACCUGUUUGAUCUCGUACACUAAUUAAUCGUCAAGAACCAGGAUGAGAUCUCGGCCGGAUCAGAUGAUCAAACAGAGGCCUAUGGCCGACUCCUCUAUAGAAUUUGUGUUCUCGAAUCCCCCUCGAUCCACUGUUUUGCGUCGAUGUUGUUUUCUACUGUUAAUGCUCUUUGUAAUGUCUCAUUUUGAUCGAUUACUUUGAGACACUUAGGUGUCCAUUUAGCACAAGUUGUUCUGUGAAAUCUUUAUUAGUAGGGAUACAAUUCAUGUUAA